AUGAGAAAUUUAAAAUAUCUUAUUUUUCCAUUCCUUUAUAAAUCUUCAUUGCUUAAAUUAUCUACUCAGAGUCGAUAAGAUUCUUAUUCAAAAGUCUAUAACAAUUAGAAAUAAUAUAAGGUUGAACCAGAAACAAUAGUCUUUAGUGGUAAUUCUAAUACUAUGUUGGCUAAGGAAGUGGCAUAAUGUUUGGGAAUACAACUUGGGAAAGCAAUGAUGUAGAGAUUUUCUGAUGGAGAAUGCAACAUUUAGGUUUUAGAUAACGUAAGAGGAAGAAAUGUAUUUAUCAUUUAAUCGACAUGUCCUCCCGUAAAUGAGAAUCUAGUUGAAUUAUUUUUAUUUAUAAGUGCAUUAAGAAGAGCAUCUGUGAAGAAAAUUACAGUCAUCCUUCCUUAUUACGGAUAUUCAAGAUAGGACCACAAAUUAGAGAAAACUUAAUCUAUAGCAGCUGCAGAUAUUGCUAGGAUGUUAGAAUAGACUGGAAUAGAUCAUCUUGUUUCAAUUGAUUUACAUCGAGGACAAAUUUAAGGUGCGUUUUCCACUAAUGUACCUGUAGACAAUAUUAGCCCAUACAUCACGCUCAUUCAUGAAUUAAACAAUAAUCCUUUAUAAUUAAGUCCCCCAAACUAACUGACUUUAGUUUCUCCUGAUUUUAAUGGGGUCUCAAGAGCAAAGAAAGUUCAGGAUUAAUUAUCAAUAGCCUUCCCUAAUCUCAAGACAAGUAAGAAUCAAUUACAUCCAGUUGCUGAAGCAGAAAUUAGUCUAGUCGGAGAAGUUAAUGGCAGAAAUUGCUUAAUAAUCGAUGACAUAGUAGAUUCAGGAAGUACCCUAAGUAGAGCGGCUGAUAUCCUAAAAAGGGAAGGAGCUAAAUCGGUUAUGGCAUAUGCUACUCAUCCAGUUUUUUCAGGAAGAGCUGCAUUGAAUUUAGGAAUUUCAAAUUUAUCAAAGAUUUACAUAACUGACACGAUACAAGUCAAAGAAUUGGAUAAAUAAAUUUUACAAGACAAAUUGAGUGUUUUGAGUGUGGCACCUCUUUUAGCUGAAACAAUAUACAGACUUUAAAAAAGAGAGAGUUUGCAUGAGCUGUUGGGUGCACAUAAUAUUUGA